AUGAUCAUCAUGAGCAGUCUACCAUCAAUUCAGACACUCAAUUCUCGAAAACCAUCAAAGAGUAUAUCUUUUGAUGUAAAGGAUAGAGGAAAAUUUACAAAAAAACCUGUUCUUGGGGAAUCGGGAAAAUUGACAGAGGAUGUAUCGCAUAUUGGGAUCCAUGGUAACACAAUUAAGGACAAAACAACAAAGUCGUUUGGAGAAAUUAUGGGCCAUUUGGGUAAAAAUGAGCAAGAGAAAUUGUCCAAAACACAAAAGGGGUUUGAAGGUGAACCAGCUAUGUACAGAGAAAAAGAUAACGCUGUUGUAUACAGCCAUGUCGUCCAAUGUUUACACGAAAGUUUUGAGAAAGAUAAAGAUAUCAAGAUCAAAAGGUCGGACAAUGUUAACAUACAACUUUCAAAAAUGCUGCGCGAGAAAGAUCGAGAAAUCGCCAGAUUACGCGAAAUAAUACGAAAAGCGUCGCUAGACCGCGAGCACGCUACUUGUGCGGAUGCCCAUUCGCGCAUGCGCAUAGUCGAAUUGAAGCAUAGACUGUCCAAUCAGCAACGACAUGUGGAGCACGUGACCACAGUGGAGAGAUUGAGAUGUAAGGAGAAAGUGAGCAAUGAGACGGAGAGGUUACGUCAUGAACGUGAUGACGCACGUGUGCAGCUUGAACAUUAUGAGAAACUGGUUUGGCAGUUGAGAAAACAGGUUGAACAGUUGGGUUAUCUCAGUAGACAGAGGUAAGGGUGAGGGUAGUGGAUGAGUGGAGUGGGAGUACUCUAGUCCGUCAAUCGCCUUAAUCUGUAUUACUUGCAAAUAUAAGCCCUGGGCAAACUAGGAAACAUUGUUGUGGAAACAUUUGUGAUUCUCGAUAUUUCCUCAAAUGUUUCCCUGUUUGCCCACCCGUGGAAACAUUGUUGCGGAAACAAAAUUUGCUUCCCGAGAAGCAAAAAUGUUUCCUAGCGAAUUCAGAAACAUUUGAUGCCUUACCUAUGUUUCUCACUAAUGUUUCCUAGUGUUUACCCACUCUGGGAAACAUGGCGAAACAUUGGCAGGAAACAAUGUUUCCGCAACAAGGCUUCCUAGUUUGCCCAGGGCUUAACUAUAACAACUUGUCAACAAGAUGGGAACCAGCACUGUGAACACAUCCUGUUGACAAGUUGUUGGAACAGCAUUGUUACAAGUUGCGUUUGUAUGGUUGUAUAGUGUAUAGUGUAUAGUGUAUAGUUGAAUUCUUUUAAAUCCCCAGUUUUGUGGUGUUUUACUGUAUUCCAUCUUAUUUUAUUUUUGUAGAUACAAAACAAUUCAAGAACUUGGCAAGAAAAUGGCAGCGAAAGACAAAAGUAUUCAAGAGAUGCGAAAAAGAAUGGAGCAAGCUCAAUUGAUCGCUAUACCAGGAACUAGCGCAGCAGAAAGACGUCAUAGUUUUACCAACUCGGAACCCAAGAAUAUAACUUGGGAAACUCCCAGUCGUUUGGCUACUGUAAAUAAAAAAUAG